AUGGGUUGGUCAUGCGUGGUGGCACGCACCGUGGCUUUCGUCCUCAUGCUCAGCGGUGUGUCGCAGGUGUCUGCACUCACGUCCGACAUUUUCGCAACGGGAAAGUCGGACAAAGAGAUAUUGGACAACCUUCUCAAAAACUCCCGCUAUGACAAAAGACUGCUUCCACCCGUAGACGAUCCAGAGUUUUGUUGUGGCCUAACUUCGCCCAACGACAGUCUUACGAUUGAUAAGAUCGGACUAUCGUCGCUCCGGCCGCGGUCACACAAUCGCGGUGUCCUCACCGUAAAUGUUAGCGUGCUACUUCUUAGUUUAGCAUCUCCAGACGAAUCUAGUCUUAAAUACGAAGUGGAGUUUCUUCUUCAACAACAGUGGUAUGAUCCCAGAUUGCGCUACUCCAAUCAAUCUCACUACGACUAUUUAAAUGCCAUCCAUCACCACGAAGACAUCUGGUUACCUGAUACAUACUUUAUAAUGCACGGUGACUUCAAGGAUCCAAUAAUACCAAUGCAUUUUGCAUUGCGCAUUUAUCGCAACGGCACAAUCAACUACUUAAUGCGACGUCAUCUAAUCUUGUCCUGUCAGGGACGGCUCAACAUAUUUCCCUUUGACGACCCAUUGUGUUCAUUUGCUUUAGAAAGUAUAUCGUACGAGCAGUCUGCCAUUACCUACGUUUGGAAGAAUGACGAAGCCACUCUCCGAAAAUCGCCUUCACUUACAACUCUUAACGCGUAUCUCAUCCAGAACCAAACCAUACCCUGCCCUAUUAAGGCGAGCUGGAGAGCUGACGGUAUUUCACUUUACGAGGACGAUGAAGAGCUGACAUGUAAUCUUUGCCAGAGACGCUUUGAGGAGCAAGGUAACUACAGCUGUCUAAAGGUGGAUCUAAUAUUUACCAGAGACCGAGCGUUCUACUUUACUACAGUAUUUAUUCCUGGAAUUAUUCUGGUGACCUCCUCAUUCAUCACAUUCUGGCUGGAAUGGAACGCAGUGCCAGCCCGUUCCAUGAUAGGUAAUUACAGCUGCCUAAGGGUGGAUCUCAUCUUCACGCGAGAUAGAUCAUUUUACUUCACCACAGUUUUCAUUCCUGGAAUAAUUUUGGUGACGUCAUCGUUUAUAACAUUUUGGCUGGAAUGGAAUGCAGUGCCUGCUAGAGUAAUGAUAGGCGUCACAACAAUGUUGAACUUCUUUACAACGUCCAAUGGUUUUCGAUCGACCCUGCCGGUCGUAUCAAACCUCACAGCUAUGAACGUGUGGGAUGGAGUCUGCAUGUGCUUCAUAUAUGCAUCGCUGCUAGAGUUUGUCUGUGUCAACUACGUUGGAAGGAAGCGACCUCUUCACAACGUUGUUUAUAGACCUGGCGAGAAUCCUGUCACGCAGCGACUGCCCGCGGUUCUGAGCAGAAUUGGCAUUAUACUGGCCAGCCCUUUGGAGGCGAUGGAAUUCCUCCAUUGGGCAAAAUCCGAAUCGUCCGAACCGGAGCCCGGUGGUCCAGGAGACAAAAAACGCGAGUCAACGGGUGCUGCCGACUUAGUUUCAUGUGCGACGUGUACAGGGGCUCCUGGUUCCUGCACGCACACAGCCAACAACGGUGGUGUAACUGAGCCAUGUUUCGUCCAGGUCCGCAAAAAAGAACCUCCGCAUCCGAUCCGCGUGGCGAAGACGAUCGACGUCAUUGCCCGCAUCACUUUCCCUACUGCCUACGCGGUAUUUCUUAUCUUCUUCUUCAUUCACUACAAGGCCUUCUCUUAA